AACUUUGAACCUUUUUACAUGGAAUUGGAUAAUAGUAGCAAUGCUUUGGGUAAAGAUUCAGUAUCUUUAGAACUACAAAUAUAUGAUGAUAAUGAUUCAGGCAACAGCAGCAUUUUGGGUAAAGAUUUAGUAUUUUUAGAACUAGAUAAUGAUGAUGAUUUAGGCAAGUUCCAUAUUUACUUUUUUUUUAAAAAAAAAAAAAAACUAAUAUUCUUCUUUUUAGAUAAGAACUCUGAACUUUCUUACAUGAAAUCAGAUAAUUGUGGUAGUACUUUGGAUAGAGCCUUGGUAUCUUUACAGUGGCAAAUAAAUAAUCAUGAUAACAAGAAUUUAGAACCUUCACACUAG